UACAGUAGAAUCUACAAAAUGACCGGCUAUUGAUCAAAAAGGACAAAAUACAUCAUUCUUCAUUUACUUCUUUGCUUUACAUGUCGGUUUCCAGAUUCAUUUCCCAAUCCUCCAAGCAAGUGUAAAGACUCUCUCUCUCUCUCUCUUUCUUUCUUCAGUUUCUCAGGAAAAUAGGUCCAAGAUCGAGCAAAAUGGGGCUGAUUUCUGGAAUGCUCAUGGGGACUAUAUUCGGGAUCGCUUUGAUGGCUGGUUGGCGUCAAAUGAUACGUUACCGGAGCAGUAAGCGUGUAGCAAAGGCUGUUGAUAUCAAACUUCUUGGAUCCCUUAGCAGAGAUGAUUUGAGGAAAAUCUGUGGCGAUAAUUUUCCCGAAUGGAUAUCUUUCCCGGUCUUUGAACAGGUGAAAUGGCUGAACAAGCACUUGAGCAAAUUGUGGCCAUAUGUUGCAGAAGCAGCAACAUUAGUUAUAAGAGAAUCAGUUGAACCACUGUUAGAAGAGUACCGACCAGCCGGAAUUACCUCAUUGAAAUUCAGCAAAUUGUCUCUUGGGACUGUGGCUCCUAAAAUUGAAGGAAUUCGUGUACAAAGCCUUAACAAAGGCCAAAUCACUAUGGAUAUUGAUUUCCGUUGGGGCGGUGAUCCAAGUAUCAUUUUAGCUGUUCAAGCUGCAAUGGUUGCUUCUCUCCCCAUUCAGUUGAAAGAUCUUCAAGUCUUCACAGUUGUCCGCGUUAUCUUCCAACUCUCUGAAGAAAUUCCAUGCAUCUCAGCUGUUGUGGUUGCUUUGCUUUCCGAGCCAAAACCUCGAAUUGAUUAUACUCUAAAGGCGGUUGGUGGAAGCUUGACAGCACUUCCUGGUCUUUCAGAUAUGAUUCAAGAUACUGUUGAAACAAUUGUAUCAGACAUGCUUGAAUGGCCUCACAGGAUUGUUGUGCCAAUUGGUGGCAUACCUGUAGACACAAGUGAGCUGGAACUUAAACCACAAGGAAAACUUACAGUUACUGUGGUGAAGGCAAAUGAUUUAAAAAACUUGGAAAUGGUUGGAAAAUCUGAUCCUUAUGUGGUUGUAUUUAUUAGGCCAUUAUUCAAAGUUAAAACAAAGGUCAUUGAUAAUAAUCUGAAUCCUGUUUGGGACCAAACAUUUGAGUUGAUUGCGGAGGACAAGGAAACACAAGCUCUUAUCAUCGAGGUUUUUGACCAAGAUGUGGGGCAAGACAAGAAAUUGGGUGUGGUUAAAUUACCUUUGAUUAAACUUGAAGCUGAAAACACAAAAGAGUUUCAAUUGAGGCUACUCCCUUCUCAUGACAUGCUCAAAAUAAAAGACAAAAAGGAUCGUGGGACAAUCACACUUCAGGUUCUUUACCAUCAUUUCAACAAAGAAGAACAAUUGGAGGCUUUGGAAGCCGAAAAGAAAAUGCUUGAAGAGAGAAAGAAGCUGAAAGAAGCAGGAGUUAUAGGGAGCACAAUGGAUGCCCUUGAUGGGGCAGCUUCACUUGUUGGAUCGGGGGUUGGAAUGAUGGGUACUGGUCUUCUAGCCGGAGCUGGUGCUGUAGGAUCUGGCCUAAAUGCCGGAGCUGGAAUUGUUGGGAGUGGUUUAGGGGCUGUUGGUGGUGGCCUGACUAAGGCUGGGAAAUUUAUGGGGAGGACAUUGACCGGAGGGCAGUCUAGUUCCAAGAAAAACGGUAUUGCUACUCCUCCAGUGAAUCCUGCUCAAGAAAAUUGCAACACAUAAUAACCAAUUUCAAAUGUAAGUGAGCUUUCAACGGGGAUUUUGGAUUGUUUUGAAUCUUAUUGUUAAAUUAUGUAUUAUUUAUUGAUGUUCCCUCGUGUUGGAAUGAUUGUACAUAGUUUGUCGUCUGGUUUCCUUCUUUCUUUUGGAAAAUUAAUGGCAUGAUGUAAAUGAUUUUAAGUUGUCUGGUUUCCUUCUUUCUUUUGGAAAAUUAAUGGCAUGAUGUAAAUGAUUUUAAGUUUUAGCAUUAGGUUGAUUCUGGAUA